UCAUUUUAAAUUAUAUGUCAUAUUUUCCAUGAACGUCGACAUGUUACAAAUCAAAUGUUGAGAAUGUUUUUCCUAUGUUUUUGUAAUACCUCAACCGUGAUAAUUACAUUGUUUUUCAUUUUACAGAUUUUCACAAAGUCUGUUAGGCAUUUGUAUCUUACAAAGAUUCAUUUUGGGGCUGAAAAAUCCUUGCUGGCUACUCUAAGAAAGAAGACAGGAUACACUUUUGCCAAUUGCAAGAAGGCAUUAGAGAUACAUAACAACGAUUUGUUCAAGGCUGAAGACUGGUUAAAACAGCAAGCCCAAGCAAUGGGAUGGUCUAAAGCUACUAAAUUGGAAGGAAGAAAGACUGCACAAGGAUUAGUUGGGGUGGCAAUAGAAGACAACCAUGGUGUUUUAGUAGAAGUUAACUGUGAAACAGAUUUUGUUUCUAGAAAUAAGGAAUUUCAUAAUGUUGUAGAAGAAACGGCCAAUGCAUGCUUAACUUAUGUUAAGAAACAGGGGGUACAGGGAAAAUUAACAAAGAUUUGUUUGGAUAGUGAACAAUUAAAGAGUUUAAAAAGUAUUGAUGGAAAAUCGUUGGCUGAUAAAUUGGCACUCAUGAUUGGAACAGUAGGAGAAAAUGCAUCAUUAAAACGGGCUCUUUGUAUACAGGCUGGGCCUGGAAUUCAUUUAACAGGUUAUGCUCAUCCAUCAGGAGGUUUAAACAAUAAUUGCCAACUUGGACGACUAGGAGGAAUUUUGGUAUACAAGACAUCAGAAAAAAAUGAUACUACAAAUGAAAUUAGUAGAGGAAUUUGUCAACAUAUUGUGGGGAUGGAUCCAAAGAAAAUCGGAAGUUCUACUGACAAACCAGCAGCUAACAAAGAUGAAGAAACCUGUCUUAUCUACCAAGAAUACCUCCUAGAUGAUAGCUUAACUGUCAAUGAUGUCCUAGUUAAUAACAAUUUAGAAAUAGUGGAUUUCAAAAGAUUUGAAUGUGGCGAAAGUGCAAAUGCAAUUGGAGACCAACCAUUGGAAUAUGUAGAAACAUGUCAGU